UUUCUUCAUUCUUCAUUCUGCUGUUGAAUCUCUCCCUCUGCCCGCUCUCUCUCGCUUUUCUCAUCGCUCCCCACCCGUUUCCUUGUCCUCUCCUUCUCUUUUCUUCAUCCGCAUCCCUUUCCACCUCUGCAUCCAUCCCUCCAACCAUCCUGCGCCCUUCCUCUCUCACUUCACCUCCAAGUCUCGCUUCGUUAUCUUUCUCUCCCUCCCUCCCACUCACACGCACACACACACACACACGCAUACACACCUGCCUAUACACCCACACCCCAGUGCAAACUUUCUUAUUCCGCCAGCAAGGAGCCCGCAAGCGCUUUACAGCCACUGUAGCAGCACUCAACUCGAACUCGCCCCUCGAGACACUCACACAACUUCAAUGGCGUCUGCCCGAAGAAGCAACCGUGGUGGCCACUCCAAGCAAAGCAGGAAGAAGGAAGAAGAGGACGAUGGUGGCCAGACCCGCUGUGUCUGCAAUCAGCAACACCAUGAGGGUGUUAUGAUCCAGUGCGAGAUAUGCAAGGUGUGGCAGCACUGCCCUUGCGUCGGCCUCGGCGAUGGAGAGGUCACCCCAGACCAAUACUACUGCGAUUCUUGUCGGCCCGAGAAUCACCCCUACAAGGUCGUCAAUGGUCAACUUGUAUCAAACUCAAAAUCAAACUUAGCGCAAAAGCCUACAAAGAAGCGAAGCACCAUGAACUCGAAGGAGGCUUCUAUCCCCAUGGACCUGAUGUUGGCCCAGCAGAAAUGGAACGAAGAACACCAGGACGAGCUGGAGGACGAAUUCGCUCUGCGCACUUCCUCAAAGAGGCGGAGAAAGACUUCAAGCACCCAUACGGACAUUAACGACGACAGUCAUCACCACCAGGAUUCAUCCAAGAGCAAGGACAUCGAGACUGCAUCGUUUACAUCAUCUCAUGCAUACGACAACAAAAAGGAUAAGGCUGGACAGGCCUCAAACGACCAUGACUCUUCAUCCAGCUCGUCCCCGUCAUCGUCCCCAAAGACGUCAUCGCCCAACCAUGGGCGCAUGGGCUCCAAAAAAACGUCUGUCUCAAAGCCGUCGUCCAAGGGACAGUCUCGCUCCACUUCCCCAGCUUCCAACGGUAGCAUCUCACAUCAUCAUCAACAAAGCGAGUCCUUCGCAAGUGCAAAGAGCGAGGAAGACGCAAAGCGCAAUGCCGCGGUCGACAGUAUGGGUCCAUCAAGCAAGAGGAGAAAGACGAACAGGUCAGAUAUGACCUCUCAUGCAGAGUCUGCCUCGCCUGGGGACGAAGACGGCUCAGUGAACAAGGAAGAAUCAAGUGAGGACCGCCCAGAUACGCCAUCGAGGACUCGCAAGGGCAUCGACUCUUGCUCACAUCAACAAGUACCCUCGGUCUUGUCCCCUGUGUCAUCGACCAAAAAGGCGCUUCCCAGACGAAAUGGCGACCGCGGACAUAGCACACGCAAUGGAUCACGGCAUUCGACCCCAGUGCCGAACGGCGAAGGAACACCGCAGCCAAUGGCCCCUCCUGCUCCUGCAGCGAUCCGAUACCCGUCCUCAAGAAUGACGAUCCAUGAGAUGACGAAGCGGGCGAAGCAACUGUUGGACUAUAUCUCUCGAGUGCAAAUUGAUAUGGCGGACCGAAAGAGCAAGAGCGGGUCACAGUCCCCUCUGGACGAUUCAUCUUUGUCAAGCAAGUCGGGCACGCCAUCAUUAACAGACCAUCAGCAUCAACAUCAGCAGCAUCAGCAUCAGCAUCAGCACCAUGACGACAACCACAGCUCAAUGCAGAAUGAUGUCAACUCGAAAGAGCCGUCCGUGUUCCGUUUGCCAGCUUCUGCAUCUGUAUCUGCAGUGACAAUGCAUGGAGACAGUCAAGUGUGCCCUGACCUGUCAAGAUCGAGCAUGGACAGCACUGUGUCUUUGGUAGAUGGGCUUCACGAGCCAAGUAGCCCUACCGACACCAAGGUACCGACAACGAUAACGAAUGGGAUAGGCAAGGAAAUGACGAUUCGGGUCGUGCCUUUGAGUGCGCAGGAUAGGCUACCGCUGUUAUCGACCCCCCCUUUGUCUGUGCACGAUCAUCACCACCAUCAUCAUCGCCACAGCUCCGGGACACCGGAAUCAGAGACGACGCACGAGCCAAUGACGCCGCCGCAUCACCCUUCGGAUGGUCAUGAUCAGAGGUCCUCGGAGAAUAAGGCAGAUCCGGCAGGGACGACUACGAGCAUGGAAUUGAUGGACAAACUGACGGGGGACUUGAUCCGAUUCCAAGAGAAGUUCGGUUCCUUUGUGUGAGGGCAUGAAGCAUAGGCGACAUCCUUUUUCUUUUCUCUUUCUCUCAACAUCAAUCUGUAUUUUUACAAUGUUUUCUAUAUCAUCUAAUGGGUGGAAGAGUCCUCUUGGUCUUUUUCUUUUUCUUUUUCUUUCUUUUCUUUCUUUUCUUUCUUUUC